AUGCAGUCGCUGUUCUGGCAUGGUCCUAACCUUAAUCCAAUAGAUGAUGAGGACCCAACGACAGGAGUGAUAAAAUACGAAGGAGAAUAUUUGCCGAAAUAUUAUAAUCAAUUUUUCAAUCCGAACAUUUGCCACGUUUGCAAGUCAGUGAUAGACCACGGCAAGUUGCUACAGUGCGAGGAGUGUCACAUAAUUUCUUACUGCGAUGAGAACCACAAAAAUAUACAUCAUACGCAACACAAUAGCAUAUGUAAGCUUAUAAAGGAGCUUGUAGUGAAGCUUGUGAACGAAAAAAAAAUCUCGAAAUCCUACGCCUUCUUGGGCGACUGGAUAAGAGACAAAAAAAUGUUUAAAACGGAGAUCAAGAGGAAGAUAUCCCGCAAACUGAUGCCGUAUGAGAAUCAGAUGUUUAUGUCCAUAAAAUCAUGCUUGAUCUGUCACGGACGGGUAGGACUGUCGGCCUGCGAAAACUGCUACUCCGUCAACUAUUGCACAAGGCACUCGCUAGCCUUCAAGGACACACACGAUAAGUUCAUUUGCAAAAAAUUCACGCUGUCGCUCAACGUAAAUAUUGCAGCUCUGACAGACCGCCCAACCGAACUAAUACGAGACUUCAUUGCGUUCCUCGAUAAGAAGCCUCGUUUAUUAGACACAUUCAGAUUAAUUAUGACAUUUUUGUGGUCGAGCAGAACACAACUCAACUGGUCUAUCGCGGACUAUGUUCUUUCUGAUUAUCUGUCAGGGCCGUUAACGAUCUACUAUGGAAUAACAAGGACAGAUUCACCACAUAUUAUAGAUAAACAAAGUAAUUUUAAUAUUCAUAUCAUAUGCACAAACUCCAUAAAUAAUAACAGCCUGGCGGCUUGGGAAGUGUUACUGCACCUCUUCCACGACGUGGACACAUUAGUGAUCACUAUAAUAGGCCAAGGAAUAAUUCCUAACGAGUAUAAAUAUGAAAUUUGUGAGCUUUGCAAAAGUAAAAACAAGAAGCUCUCUGUCAUUUUUAUAUGCCACACGUACCAUUCUUAUAUUAAUAGCUCCAAAUAUACACGACCAAAUAUAAUCGCAGGAUUUCAACUAUCCCUAAAUUUGAAGCCUACAUGGUUUCAAACUGUAAAAGCAAUAGAGACUCAAUACUGUCCGUUAUUUUUAACUAGUCCCAACCUAUUUAAAGGGCAAGACACUAUACGUAAGAUACGAAUUAUUCUGAAUAAAAAUAUAAACCCUGAUCUUGAAUUAAAAAAUGAAUUCCACUCUCAUGCUCCGUCCAAAGAUUACGAGACCGAUUAUAUUAAUUAUUCCAACAAGUAUUUAAUUAUUUACAAGGAUUUAUCAAAAGUUAACAAUAUAUGCAAACGUUAUCCCGGCUAUUACAAAUGA